AUGGCAACCUCGGCCGCCGACGUCGAAAGGCAUAGCCGAAACGCACCGCCGCCGCCGUCCGAGUCGUCGGCGGGCCUGCAAACGGCCAAGGACCUGCUCUCGGGGGCGGCGGGCGGCGUGGCGCAGGUGCUGAUCGGGCAGCCCUUCGACAUCGUCAAGGUGCGGCUGCAGACGACGGCGGCGUACCCGUCGGCGCUGGCGGCCGCCACGUCCAUCUGGAAGAACGAGGGCCCGCUGGCCUUCUACAAGGGCACGCUGACGCCGCUCCUGGGCAUCGGCGCCUGCGUCUCGGUCCAGUUCGGCGCCUUCCACCAGGCCCGCCGCUGGUUCGAGGCCCGCAACGGCUCCGCCGGCGGCGACAACGGCGCCCCCCUGGGCUACGGCCAGUACUACGCGGCCGGCGCCUUCGCGGGCGUCGCCAACUCGGUCAUCUCGACCCCGAUCGAGCACGUGCGCAUCCGGCUGCAGACGCAGCCGCACGGCGCCGCGCGCCUGUACUCGGGCCCCGUCGACUGCGCCCGCAAGCUGGGCGCGGCCGCCGGCGGCGUCCUCCCCGGCGUGUACCGCGGCGGGGCCGUGACGGUGCUGCGCGAGGCGCAGGCCUACGGCGUGUGGUUCCUGGCCUUCGAGUGGCUCAUGGCCGCCGACGCGGCCCGCAACGGCGUCGCGCGCGCGGACGUGGCCACGUGGAAGGUCGCCCUCUACGGGGGGCCCGCCGGCGAGGCCCUCUGGCUGGCCAGCUACCCGCUCGACGUGGUCAAGAGCAAGAUGCAGACCGACGGUUUCGGCCGGCACAGGCGCUACGCGAGCAUGCGCGACUGCUUCGCCCAGACGUGGCGCGCCGAGGGCGCCAGGGGCUUCUGGAAAGGCCUCGGCCCCACCCUGCUCAGGGCCAUGCCUGUCAGCGCCGGCACCUUUGCCGUCGUCGAGAUGACCAUGCGCGCUCUCGGCUGA